AUGCCCCUUUCAAGCAGCUCCACAUCCUCCACAAAGAGCAUCCGCAGAGCAGCAUCCGAGUUGGAGAGGUCCGACUCCAUCACGUCUCCAAGAUUCCUCGGUCGACGGCAAAGCUUGAUCGAAGACGCGCGCAAGGAGAGGGAAGCCGCGGCUGCAGCGGCGGAGGCUGCAGAGGUCAGUGAGCAGAUAGUGUUUGAGGAGGACGAUGGUAAAGCGCUGCUCAACCUCUUCUUCACUCUGAGAAGCUCCAAGACACCUGCACUGUCGCGGACACUCAAGGUUUUCGAGACAUUCGAAGCUAAGAUUCAACAUUUGGAGACGCGACCAUGUCGUAAGCUCAAGGACGGCCUGGAGUACUUUGUUCGCUGUGAGGUCCACCUUUCAGACGUUAGUACUCUCAUCAGCUCCAUCAAGAGGAAUGCCGAGGAUGUUAAAACCACCAAAGAAGUCAAAUUUCAUUGGUUCCCAAAGAAGAUAGCAGAUUUGGACAAAUGUCAUCAUCUGGUCACAAAAUUUGAUCCAGACUUGGACCAAGACCAUCCUGGCUACACAGACCCUGCUUACAGACAGAGGAGGAAAAUGAUUGGAGACAUCGCCUUCAGAUACAGACAUGGGCAGACUAUUACCAGAGUGGAAUACACAGAGGAGGAGAUCGGCACAUGGAGGGAAGUGUACUCAACCCUGAGGGACCUGUAUAUCACCCAUGCCUGCAGUGAAUACCUCGAGGCCCUCCGUCUGCUGGAAAGGCAUUGUGGGUAUAGUCCAGACAACAUUCCCCAGCUGGAAGACGUGUCAUGCUUCCUCAAAGAGCGUACAGGGUUCCUGCUGCGUCCAGUGGCUGGUCUGCUCUCAGCCAGAGAUUUCCUGGCCAGUUUGGCAUUCCGGGUGUUCCAGUGCACCCAGUACAUCCGUCACUCCUCCUCCCCCAUGCACUCCCCAGAACCUGACUGUGUCCAUGAACUGCUGGGCCACGUCCCCAUGCUGGCCGACCGCACUUUUGCCCAGUUUUCACAGAACCUUGGCCUGGCAUCACUCGGGGCUUCGGAUGAAGAUAUUGAGAAACUCUCCACACUGUACUGGUUCACUGUCGAGUAUGGCUUAUGUAAACAGAAUGGUGAGGUGAGGGCUUACGGAGCUGGACUGCUCUCCUCUUAUGGAGAGCUUGUGCACUCACUGUCUGAUGAACCAGAGACAAGGCAGUUUGAACCAGAGGCUGCAGCAGUGCAGCCCUAUCAAGACCAGACGUACCAGCCUGUCUACUUUGUUUCUGAGAGUUUUUCAGAUGCCAAGGAGAAGUUCAGGGGGUACGUGGCCGGUAUCAAGCGUCCCUUCUCUGUGAAGUUCGACCCGUAUACCAGCAGCGUUGAGGUGCUGGACAACCCGCUGAAGAUCCAGGGAGGCCUCGAAGGCGUGAAAGACGAGCUUAAGAUACUGACAGAUGCCCUCAGUGUUUUGUCAUGA